CCCUGCUCAGACUUACUUAAUCUAAGACUCUCUGCUUGUCCACUUUAGCUGAAGUCCACAGGAAGCUAAAACAUGGCGACCUCCGGGUUACAGAUCGGCGGGUUCCUGUUAGGACUGAUCGGAGUGGCUGCGGUCAUCGCCGCGACCGCGAUGAACAACUGGAGCACGCAGGACCGUCAGGGCGACGUCGUCACCGCCGUGUACACCUACAAGGGCCUAUGGCAGGACUGCGAGGUGUCCACGUCUGGGUUCACCGAGUGCCGGCCGCUCUACGGCCUUCUGGGAUACUCAGGCCAGUUCCAGGCCGUCAGAGCCAUGAUGGUGGUCGGCAUCGUCCUGGGUGUGAUCGCAACCGUGAUCUCGCUGUUCUCUCUGAAAUGUUUCAAAAUGGGAAGCACUGAGGAUUCAACCAAAGCUAAGAUGACGCUGACGGCUGGCAUCAUGUUUAUCAUUGCAGGCCUCUGUGGCAUCAUCGGAGCUUCCAUUUACGCCAAUCAGAUCGUCGCCAGCUUCAUGAUGACAACCUACAACCCAAACUAUGGUGGGAUGAACCAGAUGCAGAUGGAAGGGAUGGGGAUGGGGAUGGGAAUGUCUACGGUUAACAGGUUCACAUUCGGACCGGCGCUCUUCGUGGCCUGGAUCGGAGGAGGCAUGCUGCUCAUAGGAGGAGUCUUAAAGUGUGUGGCGUUCAGAGGCCUGCACUCCGAGUCCACGCCCUACAAGGCGGUGGCGUAUAAAGCUCCAGCUCAGUCACGAUCAGGAGACGGAGACAGUGAGCGAGUGCAGAAAUACGUGUAACUCCGCCCAUUUUAUCUGGAUUUAUAACCCUUUCUCACUCACGCUGUUCUACAUUCAUUUAUUCAUUUAGCUGUAAUGUCGCACAGGGAUUUAUCAGAGAAUAAGCACACUGACAUUACAGACAUGACCUUCUCUAUAACCCUCCCCUCUCUUUCUCUACACUGUAAUAAACACAGUCAUGCUUUAUUAAUAAAUAAAAAGUCUUGAUGGUAAACACUUUGCUCGCACUAACACACUGCCCUUUCCUUAUUAUUUUCAUAAUCAAUCGUUUGUUUUCUCUAUUUUUUGUAAACAAUAAAUAAAACUGGA